AAACAAUGACUUCCACUUGGCAAUUACUCUUUGGCCUGACUCUGGUUAUGGCAAUGCUUUUGACCUUGGCCAAUUGCCAGGACGAUCUGGAUUUGGACUACUCCAAUGAGUAUGACAAUGUGCGACCCCAUUUCAUCUACCCCGAUGAACCGAGGUUGGACAAACGUCUAACAUCAGCAGCCCAACAAUUUGGGGAGAGUGUGAAAAACGCCUGGCAAUCCAUGGUUGACUCCUUUCACAAUUAUUUCGAGGAGCUACGCGACGUCUUUGCCGACGGCGUCAACAACAAUGCUGAGGAGCUUCCAGUUUCCAAUUAAACUGUAUCGCAAUUACAAUUGCAUUUUCCCAAAAUAAAUUGUAAAGCAGCAAA